AUGACAACUGAGCAAGCAGACAGCAAGUCUGAUGCACAAUUUAUGGCACGCCUGACUGUGGGCCUCACGGGAGAGCAGGCAGCGAUCGGCAACCAAGUGGUGGCGAAGCAAGCCAACGACCGUGCCGAAAGCACGAAGAGGAAUCAAAAGUCAGCUUGGUCAGGAAAGGACGGAUGGCUCACCUUUUGUGAUGAGUAUGAUGUCAAACCUGUGCGGGUGCAUGAAAGUGGACCAACUCCAGAGCUGAUAAAAUUUGAUUCCAAUUUGUUUGUGUGGUUUGCCCUAUGGAAGAUAGGCAAGAUGCAGGGGCCGAAGGGCAAGGGCCGGGGCCAAGAGAUCAACACGGUAUUUCAGAAUAUAUCAAGCAUCANAGGCUACACGAAGGAGAACUGGGGGCUUGAGGUCGAGCUUGACCAGAACUGGCUCAACAGCCAAAAGAAUGGCUGGAAGGUGGAGCGGGUUAAGACCCAGGGCCCAGCUCCACGGUUUCGGAAGCUUGCAAUUGUGGCUAACCAUAUGAUCCAGAUGAAGCGCACUCCGAUUGAUUGGGCAAGGGACUGGCCCCAUACCUUCUUUACCAUGUCAACGCUGAAGGCUUGCGUUCACCAAUAUCGGUAA